AUGAGUACAACAAAUGCGAAAAUUAUAAACAAAAGUCAUAAGCCUAGUUCAAUGACAGAAAAAUUAGACAAUUUUAAACAAUCUAGUGAGCCAAUAAACCAAAAAAAAAAUUCAGUAUCAACCGAGGCUAACAUAAAUGAAAUCGAUGAAGAUUUAAAUAAUCAAACAAAAUCAACGAACAAGUAUUAUAGCGUACAUACUAAUUAUCACCCAUAUUUUAAACGUAACAAAUUUCAUGUUAGCAGCAAAAUAGACGGUCACAAUACUAAUUCUGCUUUAGGAGUUGAAACAAAAAAUUAUCAAGCAUUUAAGUCAGGAAAUAAUGUUCAUCAAUGUAAAUCAAACAUUAGUCCUGUAGUAAAACUUACUUUUAACGCUAGGAAAUCAAAAACAUCGACAAAAUUAAGAAAAUUAGAGUUUUCAAGACAUGAUACUGAUAAUAACAACAAGAAUGAAAAUUCAACUACGCGUGCUACAUCUAAUAUUGGUUAUCCUGAGUCCAUGAAAAAAAGUUUGAAAAAAGAACAUUCUUUAUCAAAGAAUCUAGAUGAUAUAGCUGAUAAAUCCGAAGUUUUUAAAAAACCACUCGUAGGUCUAGAAGGGCAGUAUUUAUUAAAAAAAUGUUCAGAUGAAAUAAUUAAAAAAUCAAACUCAAAUGAAGAACCAUCAAUUUUACAAAAAAAUGACUUUUUAAAGAACAUUAAUAAUCAUAAAACCGCCGGUAUCGACACGAUUAAUAAAUUCAAAAUGACUAUCAAAAGAAACAUAAAUAUCGAUUCUAAUUUAAUCAACAUUACUCAAGACCCUAGAGCCACAAACUACGAACAAAAUAUACAAACUAAUUUGGAAACUAUUACUUCGAUUACUGACAACAGUUUAGAGCCUACAAUUAAAACAGAUGAUAAUUUUUUAGUCAGCAGAAAUAGUUUAAAACAGCCAACAUUAAUUAAAAAAACUGAAAAUCUAGAUAAAACAAAAGUGCUUAUAAAAAGCAAUGCUAAUAAAUUAAAAGAUGAUACCAUAAUAAAAGUUGAUAAAUUUGAAAAUCCACACAAGGUUCUAUCUUCUAAAUCGUUAGUCAAAACAAAAUAUUCCAAAGAUGUCAUUGGUAUUUUUAAACAAUCUUCUAAUUCAUCAUUAAAAUCUAACAAUACUAAUCGAGUUAAAAAUCAGGAUAACAAAAAAAAUAGUUUUUCAGCUACAUCAAUUAAACCAAAACUAGUGAAAAACUCUGAAGAAGCUACAGGAUUGAAAUCAUUAGUUAAUCUUAACGAUCAAGGGUUUACCAAUAUCAAAAUCAAUGAUGAGGAAAAGAAUUUUUCAGUAUUAAAGACAAAAGAUCAGCCAGUAAAUAUAAAACAAGCUAAAUGCGUAAACGCACUUUCCAACGUAUCGAAAAUACCAUUCAAACCUUCUUACAAUGCUACAAAUGUUGUAAAGCUCCAGUCACAAACAGGUUCAAAUGGGAAAAAAUCCGCAAGAUUUUCCAAUGAGCUAUUCAAAUUAAAAAUGAAUGAAAUCUCUGAAUCGAACAUUUGUGAUAUAAAUAAAGUUAAGCAUAGCGUGUUUUGUUAA